AGGUGACCCAUUGGGAGCAGAUACCCAAUGUGGAGCCGGCGUGCCGACAGCUGAAUAUGUCAGACACCAGAAAAUUGGAACCUCAGUGUAAAGACAAGAUGGUGCAACUAUUGUCGAAAGCGCCACGCCGCCAUGGCGCCAUCCGUGUGACCUUCGUCACAGCCUUCUUCUGGGCUCGCAGUGAUCUGGCCAUGGAUGUCAUCGAUGAGGUUAUCGAUGCCGAUGGAGACGGACAUUGGAAAAAUGCCAAGUUGGGAUUCAUCACACAGAUUGGGGCCUGGUACUACUACUGCUCCAAGCUGAAGUUUUCCUACUGUCCAAGGAAAGAGCUCAUAGAACAGGACAUGUAUGGCAAAGGCAUGCAGACAUUUAAGGAGGAGAUGGAGGUGAGUUUGGAGCGAAUGCAGAGCUGGUGUCAUAGUGGUCGAGUUCAGCUUGGAUGUUACCUUCAAACAAUCAGUUGGAGCGAUGGCAAAGGAGAGCGAGAGACUUAUGCAGAUAUGAACGUCUACAUCCAGAAGGCCAUGACAUCCCAAGCUUCGUUCAAGUUUCAACUGAUCGAUUUCUACCAGAUGGGUGGCAACAUGCCCGAAGAGGUCCAUGGUGGACAUGGAUCUAUCCUCUUGAACCUCUGGAUGUGGACGGUGAUGUUCAACUCCAUCUGCCCCGCGGGACUGGCAUCCGAAAAGGUCAACGCUGUCUUCGACGGUGUCAUGUGCUCUGGGACCCAGUUGCGCUGGGCGAAUUGCCCCAAGUAUCAUCACUUCUGCACUCAUGGAGGACCCGCCUGUGAGAAAUGGGAGUGUAUGAACAGCGUGCAAUGCACUCUCCGUGCCAGCAACCCGCCAGAAAUGGGCGACACCAAAGGAAUGUGUGAUGCUGCCCUGGACAUUUCUGGUUUUGCUGCCGCGGAGAAAACGACAUGUCAUCGCCUUUGGUGUCACGAACAUGUGCAGUGGCUUCUCCCCGCGGCUGUCACGGUGCUGGCCUUGUUGUUGAAAUUAUUCCUCAGCGAAAGUGGCAAACAGGAUGUUUCAAGAGAGGUACAGCAGGC